GGGAGGGAGGGAGGGAGGGGAUUUAGCGUGAGAGCUGGGGAGGGAAAUUUGCCGUAUUUUCUCUGUCAGGACGAGGCGGGCAGACAUACGGCGAACGAUUGCAGCGGUGAUUGGGUGCAAUCAUCGCUCUGGGACUCGGCUGACGUGGUGACAUGCCUCGAGGGGGACAGGCGCGGCACGAGGGAGCUGGACUCGGAGGUUGACGAGAAAAUGGCUUACGCGAGUGGUGCUGCUGAUGUUUGUAGCAAGGUGGACGACAGCUUCAAGAACUCGAUGGAUAGAGCGGAGAGGCGUCAGAGACGCCUCGAUCAAAAGAAUUGGGGAGGAGGAGUAUAUGCGGGCAAAAAAAGAGAUGCCAGCAAGGGCCACGAUGAGUCUGUCGACCAGCGGGCUACAAAAUGUGCUGACUGUGGUUCCGGCGAGAAGAAAUUGACUAGGCGAGGUCCUUUGGGUCCACGAACACUUUGCAGCCCUUGCGGAGUCAAGUGGGUUUCCGAAGCAACGAACAUGUCUCAUCACAGUCCUUCGUCCGCGGGACGUGUGCCUGCGUCAGAAGUGUCGCAGAAAAAGGCGAGGAACGCAAUCAGAAACCUUCAAGAUACAUCAUCUGAAGGGGAGAGCGUCGAGGACAUCGGCCAAGAUCGAGGUGCCGAUAUGUACAUCAAGGAUUUGGAAAGGAAGUUGCGGGACUUAAAAAGUGAGCACCAAAAUUUGCAAAAUGCGCUUCAUGUGAGUGACGCCAGUGUAACUACGUUUCGGAAAUUGAACGAUCAGAGACAACACAAGAUCGACGAACUGGAAACUUUGGUCGAGUCUCUCACGGCAAAAAUCAAGGAAAUCUCGUCGCCAUUAUCCGGAUCUGCGUCCGGGGCAGAAGCAGAAUGUGUGAGAUUGAGAUCUGAGGUUCGCAAGCUGGAGGACAAGCUCAGGACAGAUGUUCGAAAUUUAGAAGACAGGAACAGGCAGCUUGUGGAGAAUAUGGAGCUCAUGAGCGAGCUGCUGAGCAAGAAUUUCUCAGCUGGGAAAGAGAUUCUCGCUCAAAGCCUUCUGAUCAAUGGCGACCAUAAUACUCGGUCGCGGAGGAGUGGUGUGGUUACAGAUCAACAGCAGCAAACUGGGCAUUAUCAGGAGAGCAAAAAGGCUAGUAAUGUUGUCAAGAAUAAAUACGAUGUCCCUCCUGGGUUCGAGGUUGAUGCUGAUGUUGACGUGGAUGCCGAUAUCGGAGACAAUGAACCAGAAUAUCACGUUCUGAGACGUGAACGACGGAGAUCACCACGGAAGGUUCUCGAGGAUCCUGUCCCUUGCUCCAACGGAUCCAGGGGAACUGGGGGUGAUAGAGAUCGAAGAGAUCCGGGAUGGAACAGAGAUCAGGAUUGGGAGAGACUCUAUCAUGGCGAGUCACCCGACCUCGUGAGAGAGAGACGAAGAGAAGAAGUACGAGGCAAUAAAAAGGAUGCAGAGGUAAGACUUGAAAAGGCAGGUGGUGGAAAGCAGUAUGGAUCUUGCAGUGGAGAAGAUAAGAGCUUACGUCCUCUAGUCACAUAUGAUGCACUUCCUUUGGCUCGACAGCACGUGGAGCAGACAUUUAUCACUUGGCUCAAUAGCAAGUUGAGAAAACCGACAGAAGAAGAGAUGGAAUAUCACAAAACGCAAUUUAGUACCAACGGGAAAACUUGUUACUGGUCAGGCAUACCAGGUUCUGAACUUCUCGCACAGUACGAGGAAGCGUGCCCUCUGAAGCAAGCCCCCGACAAAGAAGCACUUGAAUUGGUCCUGAGGACCAUACUACACGUAGAAGCUUGUCCUAUGAGGCCUAAUGAUGUGCUCUGGUGUCUGGUGUGGCAAGACUGUAUGAAGAUUGAGCAUUUGCCCGGCUACCAUGACAUGGAUGUAGCGAGGAUCAAGAGGGAAAUGAGGAGACCUCGCUCUCCAGUAGUUGGUGUUGAAGAAUCGGACCGGUCCCUCAGACAGAGGUUUACGUACUGUUGAUGAUCGAGGACGAGCCUGUCGAAGUGCUCAACUUGACAUUUAACUUUCAACUUGACAUUAAUUUUUCGAUGUUGUCUAUGUUUUGCUGCAGUCAGAAGAAAGUAUUAGGCGCCCAAGUGUAGAGAAGGAGAGUUCAGAUGAUUUUGCGGCUGGUAUGCACCAUGAAUAGAUCCCACUUACAUUGACAACAUAGAAGGACUAGCAGUAGAAUUGCUCACUUGUGAAUAUUGUAGUAAAUUUGAUCUCAUGUAAAAUUCCGGAGUCACUCACUACAAUCAUGUUACCCGUUUGCUGCUUGGCCAGGACUUUGGAUGCCUUUUGGCACCCAGAAAUGUAGAUAGCUUGCUAAUCGCGGCUGUUUUGAAUUGUCAAAGGCGACUCUUCGACUUCAGACGAGGAAGUGUGUCAAUGAUUUAUGAACCAAGACCUCGUUUUGGAGUUCAUGAUGUAGAUUAUGUGGAAACCGUGGUCAAGAGCAAAUUUAACAGGCUCAACCCCUGCCUUUGGCGACUGGCCUUGGCUCUGAAAGGUUGAUGCUGAUUUCAUGUUUCAUACUGACAAAAUUUGGAAUAUAUUUUGUACAAAAUU